AUGCUUAGCUAUAUAGAGUGCCUUUUCACAACACUACGCCCUAUCACUAAAGCCUAUGCUAUGAUUAGGCUAGUAAGCCCUAUCCCCCCUAUCCCUAGUUUGCCCGUCCCUACCCUUAGGUCCCAAUGCCUCUACGAGAACUGCUUCACUAUUUCUAUAGGCGAGCCGCAGGGUCUUAUUCACCUCCGCAAUACCCAUAGCCUUCGAGGGCCUACGUCUAAGCUUAAUAAGCACCUUAUAGCCUACCACUACCAAGGGCUCCAGAAGAACCGGUUCUUCUUCGCCACCCAGGGCCCCCACCCUCAGGGCUCCCAGCCCCAAGCCUCUCAGGGCUCCCAGCCCCAAGCCUCUCAGGAUCCCCAGCCCCAAGCCUCUCAGGAUCCCGAGCCCCAAGCCUCUCAGGCCCCCGAGCGCCAGGCCUCUCAGGCCCCCGAGUCCCAGGCCGCUACUACAGUCCUAGCCCAGCUCCGAGCCUACCAUACAAGCCAGCAGCCCGCUAGCCAGCCCCGCACGCUAGGCCCUACUAGCCGCCACGAAGUGACUACUUUUCAGCGGCUCACAGGCUAUAUAGACCUAAUCGGCAACCGAGACCUUUCGAAAAUAGGGGGGCUAUUUAACCUUAGCAUACCCGACGCCCAACUACCUCCCGACGACCUUAGGAAGUUCCUCCUACUUACUAUUUGCUCUCUCUUUAAGGCCUCUAACGCCCUUAUCUCUCAGACUAGCCGCUCAGCCCUAGUCAAGCUUAUGCAAUUUAGCUCUGAGAGGGAGGGUAUUAGGCCUUUUAGGUCCUAUCCCAUGGGGGUUGUUGCAGUCUAG